AUGUCUGGAAUCCUCAACGGUCUUGGUGACGGCGUUAAGGGCGCGACCGGUGGCAUCGACAAGGGCUUGAGCGACACCGGCAACGCUGUUGGCGGUGGUGUCGGCGAUGUUGGCUCCGGCGUCUCGAACCAAACGAAGCGCACCGAUCAGGGCAUCGUCGAGGGCGGCGGUCAAGGCCUCGGUAAGGUCGUUGGCGGCGUGACGGACGGCUUGGGCCAGGGCGUCGGUGCGCUCGGUCAAGGCCUCGGUGGAGGAUUGAACGCAGCUGGCGACGGCAUCAACAAGGGCACCAACGACACCCUCUGA